UCUUGAUCUCCAGCAUAGUUUUCAAACGCUUAUUCUGAGAGUGACAUUCAUCUUGGUAUAAAAAUGGCACCUCACCUCUUGACCACAUCAUUCUGUGCUCGCAGCUCCGACUAGAACUAGAACCCCAAAGAUGCGCGCAUUCAUCGUCUUGUGCCUUGUGGCUGUUGCCUGUGCCGAUAAACUUGGCUACAACUACCAGCCGGUAGGACACUCCAGCUCAGGACUGUCGUUCGCUCCUGGCAGCGGAAGUGUUAGCUCUGGAAGUCUCGGAGUUGGCUCCCUUGGAGGAUCCAGCUCAGGCUCCCUGGGUGUUGGCUCUCUGGGUGGACUCGGUGGUGGACUUGGCGGCAUUUCUGGAGCCUUGGAGAACGUUGAUAUUGAUGGCUCCGGACUGAGCAGCUCAGGACUUGGCGUCUCUGGACUAGGCAGCUCUGGACUGGGUAGCUCUGGAUUGGGCGGCUCUGGAUUGAAUGGACCCGUCAGUUACAACGCUGCGCCAUCCUCAGAGCUUAACAAGGAAUUCUACACGUUCUCUGCCAACGAAGAAGAUUUCGAUGAGCCACAAGCUUUGGAGCGUGUUUCAAGUUCCGUCAACAAGGGUCUUCGCGUUGUCUUCAUCAAGGGACCCGAGAACCGUGGUCUGGAGAACGCUGCUUUGGCUCUGGCCAAGCAGGCUGCCGAGCAACAGACCGCCAUCUAUGUCCUGAACAAGCAGGCCGAUAUCGGUGAUCUGGCCAAUAAACUGAACGCCAUCCGCAGCAACACCAACAACAAGCCUGAGGUGCACUUCGUCAAGUACCGCACCCCUGAGGAUGCUGCCAAUGCACAGCGCGCCAUCCAGUCGCAGUACGAUCAGCUGGGAGGCACUAGCCAGUCUCACAAUGGAGGUGUGGCCAAUGCUCUGAACUUCGCCUCGGCUCCACAGUUCCGUCAGCAGAAUGCUCAAAUACCAGAGAACUCUUACCUGCCCUCAUCUGUCCUCCGUCGUCUGCGUUACCGUAUCUAAGU